CGUAGUUUGCAGGGAGCUUGCUGAAUGCUUAGCACGCCUUUUGUUCGUCUUCUAAACCGGGAUUGUGGUUUAAAGUGUACCAACUGGGGAUUUUUACGCGUAGCGCACGCAGCAGUGCAGUUUGGAGUAAAGAGAGAGAGAGAGGGAGAGGGGGAGAGAGAGAGGGAGAAAAAGCUUCAGCGGAUCAACUCAACAUGAGUCGCCCUCCACUCUGUUUUCCUCCUUCACUUGCGAGAAGCGUACACCUGACGCAUCACUCUCUCGCCCUGUGGAAGUGAUCUUCCUUCUUCAGAUCGGGUUGUUUUCCAGUCUGCAAAGCGAGAGUGUAUGGACCCAGGUGAUGAUCCAUGAUGAUGCUCGCUGAAGGCUCUCUCUGAGCUCAAACCCUCCAUCGUAGGAUCCCGUGGAUGAAGAAGAGGUGGCGGCUCUGCCCCCGGACGCUGAGACCAUGGUGAAAGCUCAGCGGAGCCAGGCUGUGAAAUGCGGGAAGCCCCGGAGGGAGAAGGGAAGCAAGGAGAAAGGAGGUGGUGUGAAAAAAGGGAAGGAGAGAAAAGAUGAGCUGAGAGGAAGGAAAAAGAAGGAUAAGAAAGAGCCACAUCGACAUAGAAAGAAGACACUGGCAGUGGGUGAUGGAGAUGCGCUGGAUUGUUGCGUCCUGCUCACACGUCUGGAGGAGAAAGGAGUUGUGGGUAAAGAAAAAAAUGCACUAAAGGCCGGGAAACAAAAGAGGGGUGAAGUCAAGAAGAAGCUGCACUCCAGCUCCAGUCAAAGAAGGACCAAAUCUGGACUCAAGAAAACUAUCACAGCCAAUCAGCAAGCACUGGAACCAAAUAUCAACCAAUCAGGCGCCUUACUCACGUUUCCCGCACCCGUCUUUGAGCCUCGCAGGCGGAGAAUGGCUUCUCUCAAUGCUGAGGCCUUCAACAGCUUGCUGCUCUUCAAAAACGAUUCUCUCAUGUCUAAUCUCACAAAGAAACAACAGCCUUCUAACAGAGAUAAAGAUAGUUUCACUAAAACUGAACAGAGUGGUUGUAAAACCAAAAAGGUUCCUCCUGGAGGGAAAGAAGACCCUAAAGAAAGACCUAAAAAAAAGAGGCGGUCCGCAGUGGAGCCUCAGAACAUCGACUGGUUGGCGUUGUUGGCGCCAACGCCUCGGCGUCAGGCAGGCCUCACUGCUGCAACGCUGCUCAAACUCACCAGUGCCCAGUAUGGAACCAAACGGCAAAAGAAGACUGAGUCCAAGCGAGGGAGUGGGAGUGAAGCAGCAGUUACGACUCAGGAUAAUACCAGCUGUAAACCAGUGUGUGGAGAAACAAUGCUGACCAAAAGAACAACACAUCCCAAACAUGAUGACCAACUAAAGCACAUAAAACAGGGGACAGAGGUUCCGGUGCAUUCCCAGCUGGACUCGCAGGGUUGCUGUAGUUUGUGUAAAAGCGAGAAUCCAGAGUGGAAGGGCACAACGGGAGGACGGGGGUGUCUCAAACAGGAGCUCCAUCGAGACUCUUCGCUAGGAUUCUCAUUGAAAACAAUCAAAAAGGAGCAGGUGGAGUCUGAGGUGUCUUCCUGCUACUGCUGCUCCCAGGAGAGGUGUGUGGAGUACUGUCACAGACUGGCCCUCUUCCUGGAGGACAAAACCUUCAAGGAACCAGAGGACGGCUCGCUGUCCGAGGUUUUCCACCACCACCAUCACCACCAUCACCAUCACCACCACCAUCUUCAGUCUCCACAUUCCGUAACCAUCAGCCCGCACUGUUUCCCCGGCUACUACGUCCACUUCAGCCGCCCGGACCCUUCCCAGUCUCCCAUAUCACCCCAGGCUUUGUGCCCAAAGAGCGGCAAGAGGCCCAAGCUGCUCCCCAGCACCGGUCCACAGCCCUCAGGGAUUACCCAUCCAGUGUACUGCUGCACCUCAGUGGAGGCGUGCUACGGAGAGCCCUGCAGGAUCAACGGCUACUCCUCGUACACCAGUGUGAUUCCAGCCAUCGCCAGAGGAGGGUGCUCCUUCAGCCCCUCAGACUGCACCAAAUGUGACCACGGCAUCAAAAGAGACGACUACCCAUCAACCCUCAACGACCAUCACAGUCCCUCCUCCAUCCCCAUCUGUCCCAGCCCCAGAACCCUCACUGGCUGCCCCUUUCCCACUGUGCCUCCAGCCGGCCAAUCGGUGCCCCACAUUCAGACUCCGCUGUCCGACCCCAAUCAACCGCAGCCUCCGCUGAAGGUGGCAAAGGAGUGUCCGCAGAGUGCCAAGUCGCCCAGCGGGUCGAGGUCUGGUGCACGCGGCACCGGCAGCAUCAGCUCGGCUGUCUGCCUUCUCAACAGGGACAAGAAGCAGAAGCUCGGCUCUGCCAGCGUCGGAGGGCGAACGGUUGCCAGGCAGCCGAAGAACGGCCGCCAAAAAUCCACCAACGGCUGGCAGCCAGUUGGCCUGCCCUUUCAGAAGGAGGUUUUCUCUGUGGGAGAGGAGGCUCUGGUGCUGAGGAAGUGUUUCGAGGGAGUCCAGAGGGACGGGGAGCUGAUCCGGGUCAGAGACACUGUUCUGCUGAAAUCUGGACCUAGAAAGAAGUCUCUGCCUUUCGUGGCCAAGAUCUCAGCUCUGUGGGAAGAGCCAGAGUCAGGAGAGCUGAUGAUGAGUUUGUUUUGGUACUACCGUCCAGAACACACACAGGGGGGACGCAACCCCAGUAUACAUUGUGAGAAUGAGAUCUUUGCCUCUCGUCACCAGGACGUCAACAGUGUGGCCUGUAUUGAAGACAAAUGCUAUGUCCUAACAUUGGCACAGUAUUGUCGAUUUUGUGCCUUGGUAAAACGCCAUAGGGAGGGCGUGCGCGACUGUGUGUCCCCCGUGGUGCCACCUGUUGUCGGCAAUGCCAUGCCCACCCACCACUGUGUGCCCGAUGACGUCGACCCAGAUCUGGUGUUUUUCUGUCGACACGUCUACGACUUCCGCUACGGACGCCUCCUCAAGAACUUGCAGUAGCAUCUGACGGGGCACGACACAUAAUGCUAUGGGGCGUGAGAUAAUGUUCUACAUCCUCCCCAACAUUGAUUAGCUACAUAUCUACCUGCUGCCUGUGUGACGGGAACUGGAAGUUUAGAGAUGAAGGAUUGAGAGAUGAGCUAUUUUUUGUUUUUUGAAAUGACAUGCCACACAUUUAUUUAGUAAGAGUAAUGGCUUGACAUAUUGUGUAAGCGUUGAUAUGGCAGUGUAAUGGUCUUUCUCAUACAUGGCUCUGUGGUGUAAUAGCAGCUUUGUGAAAAACCUGGAACGUACUCUGCUGUAGAAAAUGCUACUGUAGCUCUUAGAAAUGUGACAUUUGAUAGAUAUGAAGAGAGGUUGAUGUGACAUGUGAAUUGUGUUACUGUCCGACUGACAGAUAUCAGGCACAGAAUGUCUCUCAAGAAGACGCCAUAGUUAAAGAACAUUUGAAGCAUAUCGUGCCUCAUCGGUCCUUGAGAAGAAACAGAGAUAUGAGUGGCUGAGUAUUUAAUCACAUUUGUCAUUAGACUUCUCUGUGAGUCACUGCAUACAGACGCUUUACAGAAAAGCUCCAGAGUGAACAUCUGUGUUCAAGGUGUUUUUAGGGAAUAGCUUUUUGGUAAAUGUGCUCUUUUGCUUUCUUGCUGAACGUUGGAUGAGAUGAUUAAAUAUGAACGUACUGCCAGCACCAGUUCGCUCAGCACAAAGACUGUAAGCGGGGCUACGGGCAGAGCCUGGCUAGCUGUUUCCAGUCUUUGUGCUAAGCUAAGCUAACUGGCUGCUGGAUCCGGCUACAUGUUUACCUUACAAACACGAGAGUAGUAUCAAUAUUCUCAUCUAACUCUUGGCAAAAGAAGCAAAUUAGCUUUAUCAAUUUUCAAACAGUUCUAUUAUUUAAAGUAAUAAUCUUGAAGAUUUGUAUUUAAAUAAACGUCUGUUAGGUCAAUAUCUAUUGCAGAAUAAGGAAAAGCAAUGGUGAUGGCGCCGUGAGGAAAGCCCUUGCAUUUGAAUUUGCAAUUUCUUGGAAGACAGACCCCACAACACACCGUUUAUCGCCGUAGGUGCCGCUAAAGGAAAAGAAAUUGAGAUCUUCGAGAUGGUAAUUUAACAUUUCCAUUUUCCUGUCAUUGUGAUUGACCUGUUGGUCUAUGUAGUGAACUCUGACCACAGCUGUGAGGAAAGUCCUUGAUCAGAAGGUUUGAUUAAAUCCAAGUCAACUUUAUUAACACUGAUUUAAGUACACGCACAGCAAAUAAUGAAAUGUGAAAGUUGUGUGGUUCCACCUCUCGGGAUUUUCUGACCGAAUUCUAGGUUUUUAUGUCAUAUCUGUAACUCUGCAUUUCACCCGAGCGGUGAUUUUCACAAUGUAGUACAGACCUGCACACUACAGAGAAAGCACACUUCAGUUUGUUUGAUUUUGAAGUGUGGCGGCGUCCAAUGAGCCAAGCAUUGAGGGGAUUUUUGUUUUGCCAAUGCUGAGAAAUAUUUUACUUUCUUAAAGCUGCUUGCCAGAGGUUUGACAUGACUCCGGUGUCAGCUAACUGUACAUUUGCAUUUAUAUAUCUGGAUGAGUGUCCGUUUGUGGCAGAUGGCAUCUGUUAGUCAAUUAUAUUCUUGUUUCGUCACCGAUGAGAAGGUGAGUAAUGUAUUCAGUGUAGCAUUUAGACCUGUGAUGAUGAUUCAUUCCUAUGUUUGAGAGAAGAUAUGUAUUUAUUUCUGUACUGAGAAAAUAUAAUUUAUUUUCAAAAGAUAAUUUUAAAGAAUAGAGUUUUAGAUGAGUGGCUUUCAUUCCUGAUUAGAAAGGAGCUCUCUCCUUCUUAGCUGCACUGUCUAAGAUGAAAAGUGUGUAAAAGUCAUUUGCAAUAGUAUUUCUGUGGCUCAUUGAGCUAGCGUGCCCAAUACAAGCCUAUUAAAUGUUGUGUUGAGAUGUUGAAGUCCUCCGCGCAGAUUUGAGGACACAUUUAGAAGGAUCUCAGAUACAGUUUGAAGGACACCUGCUCACAUGUGACCAGAGAUGCUUAACCUGCAGGACCAAAACGUACCUUGGCCUCUCACAGCUUCCUGUCGUUCUCCUGUCACUCCUCCUCAGACGAUAAAGCUUUGCCUCUUCACCUUUAAAUGCCGAAUGCUACGAUGAUUUAAACCCACCUUGCCAUUAGCCUGUGCCCUUGAUCUUGCUGCCUUAUAGAACAUUCCCAGCCUUUCAUUUAGAAAUGUGUACCGAUAUCGGCCUGGGGGUGAUGAAGCUUCUUCAAAACUGAUCCUCGUUCGACACUAUUAUUUUAACAAAAGUACGCCCUUAAGUUUUGAUUCCAAUUCAAAGUGAUCUGUUUAAGAUAUGUGGCUGUGAAAGUAACCGUUUAACAUUUUGGGACAUACGCUUAUUUACUUUCCUUUUGAGAGUUAAUUGAGAAGAUCAAUACCACUCAUGCUUGUACACUAAAUAGCCUAGCUUAGCAUAAAGACUGCAGGUGGACACAGCUGGGCUUUCGUAAGAGGCAACACAACCCACCUCCCAGCGUCUCUAAAGCUCACUAACACGUGUAAACAUCUAAUCUCUACGUCUAAGAUAACCGCCUGUUGGCUGUAGCUUCAUAUUUAGUGUACAGGCAACAGUGUGGUGUUUAUUUUCUAAUCUAACUCUGAACAAGAAAGUGCAGAGCGUAGUUCUAAAAAUACUGAAUUUGUAGUUUUGUGCUUCUCGGAGAACAGCGGCUGCAGUCGUCUUCAAUUCCAUCAUUUGUGAUGAAUUUUGUUUGUAGGUUUUCAUGGUGGACAAAAGAAAAGUAUCAAAACAGCCACAGAAACUUUUCUAAUCCACUUCUCCGUCAUAAUCCACCUCUCAGCUGUCCGUCUGUAUGCCCAUGAUGUUACAAACAAAAAGACGCAACUUCCUGGCAGAGUGAGGAAAUGGAUUAUGCUGCAGGAGUGUUGGAGACAUCUUUCGCUCUGCUUUGAAACUUGUCGCUAUUUUGAAUCCUUUGUAUCCGACAUGUGACCACGCGCGCUGUUGUACGUGAACCGCAAACUAUUUGCAGCCACCCUUUAAAAGCACAGGGGGGGGGGGGGGGGAUUUGAUUGUGAGAUUGUGGGCGGAGUAUCGCUUGAAAAUGGCCACUUCCUGCCCACCUCUGCUUCACUCCCAGCUGUACAACGAGGGUUGAGAUGAAUACAAAAAUAGAAUUGCCUAUGAUUUAAACAUUUUAUUAAUAUUUUCAAACAAUCCUCCUCGGAUUCAUAUGUUCAUAUUGGUUAAUUCAAUUCAUUAGGCUGUAAUGGAAAGUAUAGUCCCUGCUAUUUUAAUCAAACCAAAGUUUAUCGGUUUGUAUGAAAACUAUAACAAACUUUGACAACUGAAGCAUUUGAUUUAAUUUUUAUGGAUGAUGGAUGUACAUUAGUGAAGCCCACACAGCACAAUCCCACAAAGAAGAAUUGGGUAUAGCGUUCUACAUUUGGUUUAAAUUUGCAUUUAAUUUAGAUUCCCCCCCCCCCCCGGGCGUUCACACGGUACAUGUUAUGGCCUUAGGAAUCACUCAGCAAACAAAUUAUGUUUAAUCAAGUUUUGUGAUACUUGUGUCUUAAUUGGUCCUCUGUGCCUGUUCCCAUUAACCCGUAUAUACUCUGAACGUUUUCCACAAAGAGAAGGACGAGCUGUUUGUUUUUCCCCCACCUUCCAAAUGCCUUUCAUUUCUGCCAGAUGACACUGGUCUGAUCUUGAAUCACUGCAAAGAAAUGUGUGCACCAAAAAGAGAGCGAGAAGGGAAGGUAUCGAAACAUGAAUUUAAUUUAAUUCCCAGGUGUACAAAAAAAAAACCUAAACUUUGGUUCUUCUGAUGUGAGUUUAUAUUCUUUGCAUGGCGUUUUUUUUUUAAAUAUCUUGGAAAUAUUAAUCACAGCACAGAUUAUUUGUAUGGUUUCAAAUGGACCUCCUGUAAUAUAAGAAAAAUAUUUAAUUGUAAUAAAUAAUAUAUGAGUUUGAA